AGACUCUCUCUCUCUCCCUGACUAUUUAUUUGUUUUGGUGUGUGUGAGUGUGUGACCAACCAGCCUCACUUUCUCCGCUCUCAGCCGAAAUAAAACUAUUCCCAAGUCUUCAUCAUCAGCUUUCUCAUCCCCCUCCUCACCUAACCGUCCUACUCCGUCUAAACAUGUCAACCAUGACAACUGUGAACGUUCCCUCUCAGUGCAUGCUCAGAAAUGCACCUAAGACUCGAUUCACCAGUUCUAUCAUCAAGUUCUCAGCUCCACUUGGAUCUGUGAAGACUCUCUCCAAGUCUUUUGGCUUGAAAGCAUCUGCCUCUGCUCGAACAUCAAUGGCAGUAUACAAGGUUAAGCUGAUUGGGCCAGACGGUGAGGAGAACGAGUUUGACGCUCCAGAUGACUCUUACAUCUUGGAUUCGGCUGAGAACGCAGGAGUUGAGCUGCCCUAUUCUUGCAGGGCUGGGGCAUGCUCCACCUGUGCAGGAAAGAUGGUAGCAGGUGCAGUGGACCAGUCGGAUGGUUCCUUCCUUGAUGACAACCAAAUGAAGGAGGGUUAUGUGCUGACCUGUGUCUCGUAUCCAACUUCAGACUGUGUCAUCCACACUCACAAGGAAAGUGAACUGUAUUAGGUGCUUUAUUGUUGCAAUUGAGUUUUAUUAUGAAAUCUUGGUUGGUGGUUUCUAGGAUUGUUAUAGAUCUCAUGUUGUUUUAAGGUUCUCAUGGACCUUGUUCUGUUUUAUGGUGUUUGUUGUGGAAUUCAGUAUUCAGUCUCAGUUUAAAUAUAAUGUUACUGCCUCGAUUUCAGUA